AAACCGCAUCGCUGCUGUGAGGCAGCAGCCGGCUCUACCUCUCAUCUGGCUCACACGCCGAGGCAGCGGUCCUCUGCACCAUGCGGGCGGGCCGGUGAUGACAAACCUGUUACACGCCGCUCACGCGAUGGCAGCCAGCCGCACCGGGUCCUCUAUCUCUCUCUCUCUCUCGCUCUCUAUCUUCCUCCUCUGAAGAUUAAUUAGCCGGAGACGGGAUUUUGGCCUCUUAAUGAGGAUCUUGCAGCGAUGGUGAAGGGCAAAGCAGAGGAGCGGACGCUCCAGUACCAGCAAACUUUGAUGUAUGGGCGGUACACCCAGGAGCUGGGUGUGUAUGCCAAGGAGGAGGCGGCCCGCCUGCGGGAUGGAGGGAUGCGGGACGGCGGGGGUCUGAGAAGGAACACCAGCGUCCGAAGUCGCACCGCAGACCUGCUGGAGUACGAGAAAGACCCCUGCGCAAAGUGCCAGCUAUGUGCAUCUCGCUGCCAGAAGUUCCUGAUCUCACGGAUGGGAGAGGACUGGAUCUUCCUCAUUUUGCUGGGACUGCUCAUGGCUCUGGUCAGCUGGGUCAUGGACUAUGCCAUCGCCUUCUGCCAAGAAGCACAGAAAUGGAUGCACGGUGGCCUGGACAGCAACAUGCUUCUGCAGUACAUCGCCUGGGUCUCCUACCCAGUGGUGCUCAUCACUUUCUCUGCAGGAUUCACUCAGAUACUGGCGCCUCAGGCUGUUGGUUCAGGUAUUCCUGAGAUGAAGACGAUACUAAGAGGAGUUGUUCUCAAGGAGUAUCUGACUUUUAAGACUUUUGUGGCUAAAGUCAUUGGUUUGACCUGUGCUCUGGGUAGCGGGAUGCCUCUGGGGAAAGAGGGACCCUUUGUUCAUGUCGCCAGCCUGUGCGCCGCUCUCCUGAGCAAAUUCAUGGCUGCCGUUUUUGGUGGGAUUUACAUGGAAGAGCCCUUUGAGGGAAGCAAGAAUGAGCUGAGGAACACGGAGAUGCUGUCGGCUGCCUGUGCCGUGGGUGUUGGCUGCUGCUUUGCUGCUCCUAUUGGAGGUGUGCUGUUCAGUAUCGAAGUCACGUCAACGUUUUUUGCAGUCAGGAACUACUGGAGGGGCUUCUUCGCCGCCACCUUCAGUGCUUUCAUAUUCAGAGUGCUGGCUGUCUGGAACCAGGAGGAAGAGACCAUCACUGCUCUCUUUAAGACACGUUUCCGUCUGGAUUUUCCGUUUGACCUUCAGGAGCUGCCGGCGUUCGCCAUCCUCGGGAUUGCUUGUGGAUUUGGUGGGGCUCUGUUUGUCUACCUGAACCGACUGAUUGUGGAGUGCAUGAGGAAGCAGAAGACUAUUAACAAGUUCUUGUUGAGGAAGCGGCUGGUGUACCCCGCCCUCGUCACCCUGCUGGUGUCCACGCUCACGUUUCCUCCUGGCUUCGGGCAGUUCAUGGCUGGACAGCUGACGCAGCACGAGUCUCUGGUUGCGCUGUUCGACAACCGCACCUGGUGUCGCCAGGGUGUAGCGGAGGAGUUUGACUACAUCAGCCACCAUCAUGCCUGGAAACACCCCCAGGUCAACGUCUUCGUCACGCUCAUCCUCUUCAUCAUCAUGAAGUUCUGGAUGUCUGCUGUAGCCACCACCAUGCCGGUCCCAUGUGGAGCCUUCAUGCCUGUCUUUCUUAUUGGCGCAGCAUUUGGCAGAUUAGUGGGAGAAAUCAUGGCGACCAUGUUUCCUGAUGGCAUCCAUGAAGAUGGCAGUGUCUAUCCCAUUGUUCCCGGUGGUUAUGCUGUAGUUGGGGCUGCAGCGCUCUCUGGAGCGGUCACUCACACUGUUUCCACCGCGGUCAUUGUGUUUGAGCUGACCGGACAGAUCUCCCACAUCCUGCCUGUGAUGAUCGCCGUGAUCCUGGCCAACGCCGUGGCGCAGGCGCUCCAACCAUCCCUGUACGACUCCAUCAUUCGCAUCAAGAAACUCCCCUAUCUGCCAGAGCUGGGCAUGGGACACCACGAGAAGUAUAAUAUCCGUGUGGAGGACAUCAUGGUCCGAGAUCUGCGCUUCAUCACUCUGAAUUCUUCAUACAGAGACCUGCAGGAGAUGCUGCUGACCGGGCAUCUUAAAACACUCGCCCUUGUUGAGUGUAGAGACUCCAUGAUCCUGCUGGGCUCCAUAGAGCGACUGCAGCUCCAGUCCCUCCUGUCUCUUCAGCUGAGCCGCCAGCGGAGGCUUGAGUACCUUCGUCAGCUGGCCCAGGACAACGGCGCUCACGAUCGUCUGCCCAGUCUGACCUCCGACAGCACCCCCAGCUCCCCAUGCGCCCACAUUCACCUCAACACCCCCACCAACACCAGUGCUCGCCAAGUUGUCCGCUUCCUGGUGAGCACCCAACAGAUCUCCACAGAGGAGUCGUCCUCCUUCAGCCCGGUCGUGUCCAACGCUCAGCUUCCCCUGAAGUCUGCCCUGAAAACCGUGUCGGCCAUCAGCGACGCAGAGACGCCAAAUAACUCACAGACCCUCUCUUGUGCUGAUCCAGACAAGGAGCUGCUGGAGAGUCCGGCCAGGCCGGCCUCUCCUGACAAAACAAAGCCCAAGCCCAAACGAGUGAGGAUCUCCAUGGCGGAAUCCUCUGAAGUGGAGGACUGCAUGACUCCCUCAGAGAUAGCAGAGUGGGAGGAUCAGCAGCUCGAUCAGCUGGUGGAUUUCAAGAACUGCAAGAUUGACCCCGCCCCCUUCCAGCUCGUGGAGCAAACGUCCCUGCAUAAGACUCACACUAUCUUCUCUCUGCUGGGCCUGGAUCACGCCUACGUGACCAGCAUGGGGCGGCUGGUUGGAGUGGUCUCUCUCAAAGAGCUGCGUAAGGCCAUCGAGGGCUCAGUGACGGUGACUGGAGUGAAAGUGCGUCCUCCUCUGGCCAGUUUCCGCGACAGUGGGAACAGCACCAGCGUAUCUGAGGUAACAGAACUACACAAGCUGUGCAUGCGUCACAGAGGGCUGUCCUUGCCACGGGACCCUAAGGCUCCCAACGCGGCGAAAAAGCUGGACCUUUCGUUCAAGGACGUCCCCGUCGGCUUCUCGGACAAGAGCACUUUGGAGUUUGAGAACAGCGAUAACCAGUUGUCGGACCUUGUGCUCCAGGAAAGCCCCUCGCUCACCGAGGACCAAUCAGAGUUUACUUUUGACUGUAGCCCGUCUCACACCGAGGAAUCGGAACUGGGCUGUGACCCCGACCCCGCCGACCCGACACCGGAGCCGGCCGACGUGGAGCACGAGCACAGGAGUCCGACUCUGAACAUGGACCAAUCAGAACCUGGGGGAGAGGGUAGCACUGUCCACACCAAGGACCAAUCACAAUGCUAAUCUAAUGCUUCUCUAUACUAUUGCCUCAUAAAUGUAUCUGUUUCUUAAAUUUGUAACAGUCCAGCCUAGAGACUUGUGUUUCUAACCCAGUGACGUGGGCGAAUUUCUGUUGAAAGGACAAAAGUUGGUUUUAUUUUGUAUCUUUAUAGGAGUCAACAGAUCACUCACGAAAGACCAAAUAUCUCAGUAUUUUCCAAAAAUGUUCACAUCAUGGUUUGUUUAGCGCUGGGAAACAGGGAAUGUCCCAUGCGUACGUGGAGGUGAAACAAGCUGCAGGAAAGCCUCUUUUCUCCUGGUGGGCAGCUGAUAAGGUUUGUAAAUGAGAAACAAGAAGUCGGAAGGCGUGAAGCCAAAAAAAAAAAAAAAAAAGCUUAAAGCACAAGGCUGUACUAGCUUCUCCUCACAAAUCGCACUGGAAAUUUGCUGACCAAGUCACGUUGCAGGAAAAAACAAGUAAACGAAAACAGCACGUUGGCUUUAACAGGUAUUAAGACUGUUUUUGGGGUAAAACUAAGUGUUAAGUGUCUAUUUAGGAGCAUUAGUGGUGUUGCGGAGCUGCGACUCUGAAUCUCAGCCAGGACUAGUUAAUGGCUAUUUUCAAUUAGCGGGAUAUUUUUCCAAAAAGUCCUAAUCACAAAUAAAACUGUUAGACAAAGAUCAUGCCUGAAACCCUCAAACAGCUUUCUUCAUGUGAUUGCUUAAAACAGGCCCAAUUGAUUGGGUGUGAGCAGAAAGAUGGCUGCUGAUCGGGCGGCGGGCGUCAAAGUGGCAAAAUAUUAUCAGUGUACAGUUCCUUGCACUAGUCUCACCCCGUAAACCUAUUCAGCAUUUGUCACCGCACAACUACACACUUCAAUGUAUUUUAUUGGGAUUUUUUGUGAAAAAAAGAGGAAAAAAACAUCUUUAAAAAAACAAAAAAACGUAUGAAAUGUUGAAAGGUGUGAUGUGCGUAUGCCGCCCCAUGCGUCGAGCUUUGCAGUGUUUGUUUUUUCAUCUCACCCAACAUGGCAUGUUUUGCUCUAAUCUGACAUCCCAUAUGUGUGGCGCGUACCUCACAUGGCUGCAAGUUAAACUGCAAACGGGACAUUUGUUGCCUUUUCUUUUUGCCCAAGACCUUUGCAGCUGUGUAUACA